CAUAUGUAGAAAAUGCACAACCUUAACACUGUAAACUAAGAGAAAAACUGUAAAGCAAGUCGUUUAUUUUGCAACAUUGAAUAUAUUACAAGAUCUCUCCAGAGAUAAAGAUUACAAAUUUUUUUAUUCCUUUUGAUUUCGUCUCUUGAACUAAGCAUACUUGCGUCAAGCUUUACCUGUCUGUCAGUCAGUCUUUGCAACAGUAGAUGACAGUUGAACGAAUGGGUAAACGAUAAUGGCCAAAAUGCAAGCACGAUUCUAAGGACUGUGAAGAAUGCAAGUGUUCUAAUACAAAAUAUUAAUAUCGUCUAAAAAUGGAGGGAAAAAUUCAAAAAAAAAAAAAUGCACUGAGUUUUUAUCGAUUGAUUUGUUAAUCACUGUUAUGAGCUCGGUUAUGCGUCUUUGAUGAAAAAUAUCGAGAACUAAUUCUUAUGGCAUAAUUUUUUUUUUGUUAUUGAGUUUUUCGGCGAACUCUUUUGGCGGUAGGCUUUCGUUCGCAAGGCAUACCUGCAUACAGAUGGUUUGGUGAAAACCACGCUGGACCUUAACUGUUGACCAUCAAGUGUAUUAGGGCAGAUGAAGAGAAUUUGUCGGGUACCGCCAUCGUUAUGAUUUAUUCUCUAUUAUUCGUUUAGCAAUAAGAUCGAAAUAUAAUGCAACAGUCACUCGUUCAAAAAAAACUAAACCUUUUUAAUUAUAUUGAAAACAAUUAAAUAUCAAAAUUGAUUGAUUGAUAUUGUUAAUUAGGAAUUAAUUAAUUUGCGCGUAUGUGCAUAAACGUAUAAGAUUACAUAUGUGUAUGUAGAUGAGCAAAAUUCAGUAAAUCCAAUAUUAUUAAAAUGAUAUUCAAGUCGGGAUUUUCCUAGAAAACAUUUAUAAAUAUUUUAUUUGCAUUGAUUGUUGAUAAAUUCGUAGAGGCUGCGACAGAUUUUGAAAACAGGUUCGAUUUCCCAUAUUUGGUAUAAAUAGCGCUUAUAUUGUUCAAUUGAUCAUCAGUCUUAUUUCCGAUGAAGUUCUACGUGCUAUUUGCUUACCUUGUGGCUCUAUUAGCCAGUCUAUUGGCUGUGGCUAGUGCUGCACCGCAAGGUGGCGGAGGAGGUGGUGGUGGCGGCGGUGGUGGCCGCGGUUGUAAUUGUGAACCGGGUGGCGGAGGUGGUGGCGGCGGUGGCGGUGGUGGUUCCUUGGGUCAUGGACCGGGCGGACCCGGCGGUCCCGGCGGAGCAAAAGGACCUGAUUGUGUGCGACCAUCUUGGAUGCCGCCCUGUCCUUAAAUAUUAUUUACUAAAAAAAAAUAUAUUAAUUUAUUUUAGAUUUUAAUCGUUGCUGUGAUCUUUCCAAUUGAAACAUAUAUAUUAUAGUUAUUUUGCAAGAAGCUUAAGAAACGAAACUAUGCUAUGCAGCAAGAAAUACGAAAGACGCAGAGUGAAAAACUUUUACUAUUAACUUUGAUUAGAAACGAUAUGUACGUCUUAUUGGAUUGGAUGUACGAUUCCAUAAAAAGUCUUCUGGAAGAAAAUUUUUUUAUAUUUUUUUUUCGUAUCUUUUACAAACUUGUCUCAGUAGUGUAAUAUUAAUAGCAAUCAUUAGUUUAUGGUUGAAACGCGAUAACCCAUUGUUUCACGAGUUACAUCGCAAGCGAACGCGUUCUGCUGCAAGUAAAAGUCGCUUACAUCUAUUACAUCAAUUUCAGCCAAAAAAUGCAACAUUGCUCGAUAAAGCAUCCAUUAACUGCUAUGGUCGAAUGAGUAUCAUUUUUAGAAAAAUUUUGAAACGAACAUAUCGCCAAUCAGAGUGCCAUACCCCUUUAAUUAAACAGAUUGUUCGAAAAAGCUUUCUUUACUCGUCCAGACAAAUGAAAGCAAAAUAAUUUUGUUCAGAAAAUCAUUUAAUCGAGAUUGUUGGCUAAUUGAUGUUAAAAGUGAGACACAAUUCAUGUCAUUAAAUUUCAAUAAAUUGCAUACAAACGCAAUGAAAGUGCGAA